AAAGGCGCUUCCAAGAGUUUUAUGGAUGAAUUCAAUGCUUUGGAGAAUAUACGGCAUUGAAAUCUCCUUAAGAUUGUAAGCAUAUGUUCAAGCGUUGAUCAACAAGGCAAUGAAUUCAAAGCUCUAGUACUCGAGUUCAUGUCCAAUGGAAGCCUGGAGCAAUGGUUGCAUACAGGACACGGUGAGCAAAAGCAAACUAAGAGUUUGAACUUCGUUCAGAGACUGCACAUCGCCAUAGACGUUGCUUGUGCAUUGGAAUAUCUCCAUCAUCAUUGUGAGAUACCGAUUGUGCAUUGUGACCUAAAGCCACGCAAUGUCCUUUUGGAUGAUGAUAUGACAGCCCAUGUCGGUGACUUUGGAUUAGCAAGUUUUCUUAUGGAAGCGUCAAAUCAUCUUUCCAAGAACCAAAACUUAUCUGUGGUGCUGAAGGGUUCCAUUGGGUACAUUGCUCCAGAAAGUGGUAUGGGGGGCCGAGUGACCACACUAGGAGAUGUUUACAGUUAUGGGAUUCUCUUACUGGAGAUGUUUACAGGAAAGAGACCAACCGAUGAUAUAUUCAAAGACGGGCUAAGCAUUCACAGCUUUGUUGCAACGGCUUUGCCUGAAGGAGUGAUGGAAAUAGUAGACCGAUCACUACUCUGGGAAGAAGGAAACAAGGUUUAUGUUGAGAACGAAGAAGUGAAAAAUGAAGACAGAGCUAUCAUCAGUGAUCAUGAUUCGCAUAACACUAUUUCUGAAGUGAAACUGUAAUGGAUUGCAUGGCUUCAGUGCUGAAAAUUGGACUUUCGUGUUCUGCUUCACUACCAAGGGCACGAAUGCCAAUGAACAUCGUCGUGAACAAAAUGCACGCAAUCAGAGAUUUGGUUCAAAGAUCUAAUAAGAGGAAUGAGAGAAGAACACCAUAGGUUAC